UAACGGCAGCGAUCUGCGAUUUUGCGACAACGACAUUCAUCUGGCAACGCCGCAUCUCGCUGUGCGUCGAGACUCGAGACCGUCGAGCAGCAAUUUAGUCCACUCCUUUUACCUUUAGUCUGGCCAGUCUAAUAGUAGUCACUAGUAGUUAGAAGAUAGCCUGUGAUAUUAUGUUAUAGUGUAUGUCGGCUUAUCAUCGUUUAAUAUCGUAAAUAAUGUCCGAGGGCAGUAAAACAACCGGUCCUCAAUUUGCGUCUGUUUACCUUUACGAUAAAAAAAAGUCAUUAUUGUUCCAGUCUCAAACAUCUUACAUUUUAAAUUUGAAAAAUAUAAAUCCUAGAAACAAAGAAAGUUCCAAGUAAAAGUCGACAACACGAUUAGCGAUGGAUGGAUCUGUGAUAUUGGAGAUUCAGAGACUAAUUUGGCUAAAAACAACAGUAGGCAGCAUAUCCCAGCAAAGAGGACCUUAGCCUCGGCAACUGAGUCGUCAACUGAGGAAGAAGUAGAUAAAAAAAAAAAAAAAAGUCAAAUCAAUUUUGCAACAGCAAAGAAGAAAUUUGUUCAGCAUUAAAAAAACGCAUUGAAAUGCAAUCAAAGUUAGAAGUGAAAAAACAAUUAGCAAAGCAUCAGACAACUGAGAUAGUGAGUGGCCUUGUCAACAUCUCAAAUGACAAUGAAAUAUUACCGGAAGAUGUCCUUUCUGUCAACUCCAUCAAUGUUGAUAAAAUUUUAACAGAAACUGACCUUGCUACAAAAUCCACAAAUGUCGAUGAAACUGGCUUUCCUGUAAAAUCUACCUACGAUGAAGAUUCAAGGACCGUCGUAUUGUCACAAGAGAAAUUAUUCGGCGAAGCUGUAGAGGUUAUAGAAAUGGUGUCUCAACAAGAAAUAUUGUCAGAGGAAACUGUCCAGGAAGAUUUGCAUACACUGAUUGAGGGCGAUUUAUCAGGAAAUGACAUUUCCUUCCAAGGCAUUUUGAAAGAAUACAAUAGCCGAAAUUCUGAGAGCGAAGUGAUAAUUGACAAUAUGAGAAAGCAACUUGAAGAACAAAUUCUUGAAAACGUCAAAUUGAAAAAAGAAAUUGCGAUAAAAAAUAAAAUUCUGGAAGUCAGAAAUUUAAGAAUUUCUGAAGUUGAGGAUAUUAACUUCAAGCUGCAAAAUCAAGUUGUGGAUGGCAUGCUAGAAGUUUCAGAAUUAAUUAAAGGACAAACAGCGCGAAUAGAAGGUGAACAAUUUACGGCGGAGCCAUUUGUUGGACGUAUAACGAGAGACUAUAGAAAGUUUCACAUGGGAAGAGGUGAAUUUCUAAACGUGGAAAAUUAUGCUUUAGCCAUGAGCAACGUUGAUAAACCGUCACAAUUCGUAAAAAACCUUUCUGUGGCCGUAUUUGGAAAAGACAUCUUAAGGAAAAGCACGGUUUCGGGACGUAAGAGCAAUCGGAGCAAGGACGAAGAAAUUCCUCCUGCUCUUGACUCCACAAAACUUCUAGCAAUUUACGAUACCUAUAAAUAUUGGUUAAAAAAGGAGAGAAAGUUUUCUCAAAACGAGGCUGACCUGGAGGGUAUGAAAACAUUUUCAUACGUAUCGAGACAAAUUGGAGAUUUAAAAUGUAAUAGAAAGAAAAAGAUCUAUAAGCAAGUUAGUGGACGAAAAAUAAUUGGCAUUGAAGCUGCGGAAAAAGAAGCAGAAGUGGAAAAUAAUGAAGCAGUUGGAGUAGAAGCAGCCUAAACAAAAAAUUUAAUAUUUUAUAAAAAUAUAAUAUAUUGUAAAAAUAAAAUAUAAUAUAUAAUAAAAUAAU